AUGCCAAUAGACCCAAGCGGCCUAACGGUCAUUGCUACUGAAUGGGCCCUUAUCUCUGUCGCGACCGCAGUCAUUCUAGCACGGUUGUAUCUCCGUCUCGUUCUACAACGACGAAAUCUACUGGCAAGUGAUGUGUUCAUGUGCGCCGCAUGGGCUUCGGCCGUCGCGACAGCAAGCUUCGAUAUCUAUUUCUUUCGUAUAGGUAUCUUCAAACCCGGUACCACGUUCGAUCUCGCCGGGUUUGAAGGAACUGCGGCAGAGGCCGAGAAUUUCUACAAGCUCUACUAUUUUUCCACGUAUCCCUUCUACGUCACGUUCUACUUGUCCAAGGCAGCUCUACUGGCUGUGUACUUACAGAUCUUCCCCAGCUUUAUGGUAAAGAGACGUCGAUUCCUCUGGGUUGUUAUCAUCUACGUUGCGAUAGGUUUCGUUAUUACAAUACUAUUACUCAGUCUUUCAUGUCUACCAAUAUGGAGAAAUUGGACCUUAUCGGACCAAAGAUGCACCGUUAAAACCAUCAAAAUCAACUUCGAAAUCUCCUGGGUGUUAAACAUCAGUGCAGAUAUUCUCAUUUUCAUUCUGCCCUGGCUUGUCAUUCCGGAGCUGACACUGCGAAGGAGACUGAGAUAUAGUCUUUACGCAACGUUUCUCCUCGGUGUCAUCAAUAUUAUCUUCUGUGUAGUCCGCUUUGCUCAGAUUCAGCAAUAUGGUGGUGAUCUGGUAAUCACCAUCAGUCUUGUCGAAUUAUGGAGUUUCAUAGAUGCUUGCAUUGGACUGAUCAUAGCAUGCCUUCCAUCACUCCGGCCUUUCUUUAACUGGCGAGAAAAGAUUCAGUACUAUGGCCACAGCAGCGGUCAAGAUAGCAAAGGAUAUUCAAGCCAUAACUCAGGAAGGCCGAUGAUAUCAUCAGACCCAGAAAGUUUGAGUCAGCCUUCCAACGUUCACUUGAGUGAAGAUAUGCAACAGAGGUUCUCCGUAACGUAA